CAGCUGUCAGUGAAUAACAACCACUUUCACCUCCACCUAUCAUUGAGAUAUUGUUCUUGUCCACUGUACAUUGCUAGCAUCUGACUCUACUGUGACCUGCAAUGCCGCCAAAGACGGUUGAGGAGGAGCUUGCAGAGCUCGAGUUGCUCGGUGCAGUGGCACCAGCAGCUCCUCCACCAAAGAAGGGAUCCAAAGUCCUACGACAGAAGUUGGCUCAGGAAGACGAUGCGCUCAAGGGCCUCGAAGAGCUCGAGGAUCUAGGGAAGUUCCAGCGCCCCGAGGGACUGCGUCCAACAAGUCGUCCCAACACACCCAAGUUGUCAUCAUCGUCAACAGCCUCGAGCAACAGAAGAGGCGCUGACGUUGCGACUCCCUCUUCUACCGGCUCGGCACGUACAAGCGAGGAUCGAGCAGCACCACCAAGGAAGUCAGGGGAGAGCACACGAUCAUUUCACCAGAGCUUUGCGCCUACUCAAGAAGAGCCAGCCAAAGCAGCGCCUGCACUUAAGGCAGAGGCAGCAGCAUCAUCAGGUGGUUCGUGGUGGGGCGGAGGUUGGGGUGGCAUCAUAAAUACUGCGACCGAAGCUGCGAACGCUGCAAAGAAGCAAGCAGAAGCGGCCUAUCAGGAGCUUCAGAAGAACCAGGAGGCACAGCGAUGGGCAGAGCAAGUCCGCGGCAAUGUCGGCGCUCUUCGUGGUAUGGGUGGAGAGUUGAGCAAGCAUGCACUGCCAACCUUCACCAACAUCCUACAUACCCUCGCCCCACCGAUUGCACAGCAUGAACGACUACAGAUUCAUAUCACCCACGACCUCAUCGGCUAUCCCUCGCUCGAUCCUAUCAUCCACCAGACCUUCUCCACUGUUAUGGCUCAAGUUGAGGGCGGUGACUUGCUAGUCAUCCAGCGUGGCUCGGAGUCUACACAGCGCGGCUCACUGGAUGGAUACAGAGGUGGGGGUGGUGGCUGGAACGACGGACCAUGGUGGCGUCACGCAGACAAGCGAGACCUGAGCAUAGUCAAAGGUCUCGCCGAAGGCACAAAGCUCACAAGAGUGAGUGCCGAGUCAUACGCUGACGAGUUCUUUGCUGCUAGAGGAGGCGUUGAGGCAGCUGCGAAGCAAGCCACGGAAGUUCUCAGCGAGACCAACCCCGUGCGAAGCAGCGAUAUCUUCAUCGCUAUCCAGGCCAUCAGCUACCCGGCACCUACAGAACUCUUUGGAACAUCAGCAUCUGCGGACUCCAAAGAAGGUGACAUGCAGGAGCAGAAGGAAGAUGAGGAGUUGGUCGUAUUCGCGGUGUAUCUGCAUGACCCGAUCCAUGGCAUCAGCUUCAAAGCCGUCAGUCAGUCAUUCCCUGCUAAGUGGACCGAGUGGCUCGACGCGCCCGCGAAUACUGAAGCCGCAGGUGAAGAGCAACAACUGCCACAGGAGAUCCAGGAGAUCAUCGAGAGUGGAGGUGUUGAUCCUCGUGAGUGGGUAUCUGAAUGGAUGGAAGAGACCAUCAGUCUCAGUGUUGGCAUCGUUGCUCAACGCUACGUAGCGCGCCGAAUGGGAGUUGGAGAGGGUGGCCUCGGAAAGGGCAAAGCGCGCGGGGCAAAUCUUGAAGAUGGUGCUGGCGAGGCAGCACGAGCAGGCAUCAUCUGAGGGUCAUGAAUUUUCAUUGCAUGUUGCAGGAUACGACGUGGUAUACGAAUCUCAGCGGACUCAGACGCCGCCCUUUUCGACAGGAGUUUUUGCUCCAC